UUCUCACCCUCUUCUUCAUCGCUCAACAAUAUUUUCCGAAGGCGUUCCAAGCGACGUGGUAGUGAAGUUGAUUUUCGCGCCUUAUGCAAGGGUUUUCCGAGACCGGUUCAGGCAGCUCUGAACCAGAAGACUUGUCUAAAAACUAUAAGAGAACCAAAGGAAGCAGACGCUAUGUUCCUCAGAAGAAUUCUGUAGGAUAUGCAUUGUUGAUUACACUUUACAGGGGAAUUGGAAAUGGGAAUGAAUUUAUGCGUAAACAGGAGCUUAUCGAUGCAGCUGAAGCAAGUGGGCUUUCUCGUGUGCCAAUUAUGCCAGAGAAGGGAAAGGGAAAAGCUGGACGCUUUGGGAGUUCUGCAAGGGAGUGGUAUAGUGGAUGGUCCUGCAUGAAGACAUUGGUAACCAAGGGACUGGUUAUCAAAUCAAGUUGCCCAGCAAAGUACAUGCUUAGUCAAGAAGGUCAGGAAGCUGCACGUGAAUGUCUCAUGAGGUCUGGUAUGGAAAACCCCAUUGAAAAAACUGCUAAUGCCAAAGUGCUUUCUGUUCUGGAUGUGGACAAUAUUUCACAUCAGGAGCUUGCUCAUCCUGACUCAGCCACAGAAAUAAUAUUGUUAUCCACUACUGUGAGUAGGAAGAAGAAAUCAUUUGAUAUUCCACAGCUGUACAUUGAGAAGGUUAGGAGGUUACCAGUUGGAGAUGGAAUCUGGAUAGCUCGUCAUAAACAUCUUGAGAACGAAUAUGUACUUGAUUUUAUUGUUGAGAGGAAGAAAGUUGAUGAUUUACGUUGUUCAAUCAGAGACAACCGUUACAGGGAUCAGAAACUGAGACUUCUGAGGUGUGGACUUAAGAAACUGAUAUAUCUUCUGGAAGGCGAUCCAAAUUGUUCUGAAGCUGCAGAAAGCAUUAAAACAGCCUGUUUCACAACUGAAAUUUUGGAGGGAUUUGAUGUUCAGAGAACCAUUGGCUUGGCUGAUACACUGAAGAAGUAUGUUUAUCUUACUCAAGCAAUAACUCAAUACUACAAAUCAGAGUAUUCUGAGGAACAACAUAGACAUGCCGGGAUUUGCCCCCCUUUUGAUGAAUUUAUCAAAAGGUGUGAAGAACUGGAUAAAAUGACAGUCAGCGAUGUAUUUGCCAUUCAGCUCAUGCAGGUCCCCCAGGUAACUGAGGAAGUUGCCUUAGCUGUUCUGGAUUUGUACCCGACGCUUUUAUCUCUUGCCCGUGCCUACUCUCUACUUGAGGGUGACGUGGCUGCACAAGAGGAGAUGCUUAGAACACAGAGCAACAAUGUUGUCAAUGCAGGUGCUAGUAAAAAUAUUUUUCACUUGGUUUGGGGCAAUUGAUUAUUGCUCAUCUCUCCCCCAUUGUGAAAUACAUUGUUGGAUUAUUGCUCUUGUAAUCUGCAAAUCUUGCACUGUAAAUAAGAUAGCACAGUUAUUGUUAUGAAUGUAGCUUUCUGAUCUGUACAA